AUGGAAAACUCAUCAUCCCCACCCUUCCGCACCGCCCGCUUACAAUUUGACGCAAUGGUCGACGCCGACGCGGCAGGCAUCCACGCCAUCCGCGGGUUAGAGGAGGUCAUGAAAUGGAGUCACAAAAAGGUCCCUGAUGCGGAUCUCGCGACGACGAGUAAAUGGGUAGAGGAGUACCUGCGGCCGGAGCAGCGGGUGCCUGGGAACGUGGGUUAUGUGAUUCGGGAGAUUGAGAGUGGGUCUGUGUCUGAAUCGUCUGUGGCGGUUAAAGGGGGAGAUGGAGAUGGGAAAGGCCGGAUUAUCGCUUCUAUUGGCUUGCGCUAUGGGCUUGUUGAGGCAUUGGGGGGAAAGCGCUGGGAGCUGGGGUAUGUCUUCCACCCGGACUUCUGGGGGAAGGGGUAUGCGACUGAAGCUGUGAGGGGUUUGAUGGGUGCGUGGCCGGGGAUCUAUGAGAGGAUUAAUUGGGUGGAUGGGGAUGUGCAGCAGGAGAGGAGCGCGGAGGUGGUUGCUAUCACGGACAAGGGGAAUGAGCCGAGUAUGCGUGUUUUGAGGAAGUGUGGGUUUGAGGCUGUGGAGGAGUUUGCGGAUGAGGAUGGGACGGCAUGUGUGGCCUUUGUUUAUAGGUGUUAG